AUGUACAUGCGCAAUUUCAAGGUGUUCAACUUUGACCGCCUAUCCCAACACCAUAAUGUCGUACGGCUGAAGGAUUUGGUUGGUAGCGGCAAAUGGGACGCAAAGCUGGAUGCUGUAGUGUACUUUGAGGAUAAGUAUUUGCCACAGAUAAAAACCGCAAUAGCGCUCAACGUGACUGACAACGGAGCCGAUUACAUCAAGCUCAAGGCCUUUAACUGCAGCAAAGGCGAGCUUGCAGCGAUGGUCAAGAAGUUAGAGCCGUACGAGCAUGUCGGCAUCAUAACGUACGAACACGUCGUGAAGGACGCUGGUCAUGGAAUGAAGUUGUACAAGACAGGAAAUGCCUGCCACGACGAGUUUCUGCAGGUAACCCCUGCCCUGACUAAGAGUAAACAGAUCAUACAGUUGGCGAAGGACUUUCGAGAGAAGCGGCUCGGAAACCAGAGCUACAUUGCCGUACAUAUACGGCCGUACCCUGACCCAUGUCUGUACGUGUGGCGCCACCCCGAGGUAGAGGCCGACGAGAAGAUGGCGAGGAACAUGUGUAAGAACCCUGGUCUUAGCAAGGUGUUUGUUGACCAAACAGUUCAUGCCAUGAAGGAGAAGAAGAAGAAGAAGCAGAAGCGCAUAAACGGCCUGUUUGUCAUGUCGUACCCAUCUAUUCGCACCCGCAUUACCGAGAUGUACCGUGCCGUGGGGCUGGAGCCCACGUUCCUGGAGGGGGACGAUUUGGACGCGAUGAUGGGCUAUACGAGCGUCUCUCUGUUGGGAUUGGUGGAGGAGGAAAUAGCAGUGGAGGCGGACGUUUUCAUUGGAACGUCGUACAGCAGCAUGACGGGGUUCAUCUCGCAGGUACGGACUGCAAAGUACGGCACCACGUUAGUGCAGCGCCGCCACGUGGGGGUAAAGAUUGAAGUCGGGAUUGAGGUGGUGGUGGUUGCAGGAGCGCUUUUCUCGCGGCAUUCCGUUAAGUCGCUCAUUAACCUUCACCAAGACGAAUAA